AUGUCUAAACCACCACCUCAACAUCAACUGAAGAAUGCUAAUAAUUCAUUAUCACUGCCGGUAUCAGAUAAACAAUCUAAUGAUUCUCGACAAUUAUUAUUAGCUCAUUUAUAUAAUUAUUUCAAAACUAAUGGAUUAGAAGAAACUGCUCAAGCAUUAUUAAUAGAAUGCAAUAAUACCAUUCCUAAGGCAACAACAAAUUCUAAAGGUUAUUCAUUAGAUAAUAGUGGUCCUGAUCAAAAAGAUACAUUUUUAGAUCAAUGGUGGGGGUUAUUAUGGUCAAUUCAAUCAUCAAUUAAUCCUAAUUUAAAUCAAAUGACAAAUCCUUCAGGAAUAUUAACUCCUCAACAUCAAAUGAUUGUACAACAAAGAAUGCUUCAACAACAACAACAACAGGCUCAACAGCAGCAGCAACAGGCUCAACAACAACAGGCCCAACAACAGCAACAACAACAACAAUUGUUGCAACAACAAAGACUACAGCAACAAGCAAUGAUCCAACAACAACAUCAACAACAAUUGAUUAAUAAUUUGAGUGCUCGUCAACAACAAGUUGGUCUAUCUACAACUACUAAUCAAAUGGGACCACCUGGUAGUAAUAGUAAUAAUCUUCAAUCAAAUAUGUCACCAAAUAAUGAACAAUUACAAUCACAAGCAAGAUUACAACAAUUGAAAUUACAAUUUCAACAACAACAACAGCAACAACUUCAACAACAGCAGCAACAAUUGCAAUUACAGCAACAGCAACAGCAACAACAACAGCAACAACAACAACAGCAACAACAACAACAACAACAACAACGUCAACAGCAACGUCAACGACAAAAGAAAUUCCAACGUCAAUUACUGACUCUGUCUCAAAAACUGCCAGUUAUUAAUAAUGGACAACCGCAACAACAACUCCAACAAGAUCAACGUCCUGCACUGGCACCACAAAAUCAACCUACUCCAGGAAACAACAACAACAACAACAAUAAUACUAAUGCUGUAUCACCGAAAUUACAUAGACAAUCUGUUGAUGAUUAUCAAAUGAACUUAUUACAAAUGGAAAAUCAAAAUAAUUCACAAAGACAAAAAUAUUUGAAUAAUCAACAAACACGUAACUCACAACAACAACAACAACAACAACAACUGCAACUGCAACUGCAACAACUGCUGCCAUUUCAACCACCAGCUCAGCAACCUAAAAAUAGUACAACAACAUCAACUAAUACUACUACUAGUCGAGCACAGAAGUCCUCGAGAAAACAACAACCAAAGAAUUCAAGACGUCAAUCUGUUCAACAACAACAACAACAACAACCCCAGCAACAACCCCAACAAUCUCAACAAAUGUCGACUUCUUCACAAUCUUUUACCGCUGCUAAUAAUUCAAAUAAUGUGAAUAAUACAUUUGAUAUUUCACCACAAAUUCAAGAUCAAGGAAUGUUAUCCACCAAAGAACAACAACAACAACCCCAGCAACCGCAACCACAACCGCAAUCGCAACCACAAUCACAAUCACAAUCUCUACCUUCAAAUAAUAACAAUAACAAUAACAAUAAACAAGAUGUUGUUAAUGUAGUAUUUGAUGAUGCAUUUUUCCUGGGUAAUUUACUUUUAGAUGAUUUUAAUGAAUUUGCCAAUAGUACAAGUAAUAAUGGUAAUGGUAAUGGUAAUAAUGAUAUGAAUUCACAAUUUAAUAAUACACAAACAGAAAGAAUAAUGUUUAGUAUGCCACCUAAUCAGAAUCAAAAUCAAUUUCCUUCACAAUCUGGUGAUGGUGGAGGAGGAGGUGGUGGAAGUAUGCAACCUAAUUUUUUCGAAGGUAUUGAAUUAGGUGAUGGAAAUAAUAGUGGUAAUGGAGAUGAUGAUGAUGCUCCUAUAAUUACUACUGAUUGGUUAAGUCUGAUGGGAUCAGGUCCAGGUUAUGAAUAA